AUGGAUCCCAACUGGAGACCGAACCACGACGAAGUCGUCUCAGCAGCUUUACAUAAUAUAGCCGAAUGCGCAAAGAGACCCUACUACCACAACAUCCGGGGUUUCCGCUUCUCGCCGAAAGACUUGCCGGACGACGUCUACGUCUGGGUCAAGUACGGAAACACUCCAGAGGGCCUGAGAUGCGAGGCCAACACUCAAUACUACGUGCACGACGAGCUGCUCAAGAUGGGUGACGAAGCAAGGCAGAGGUUCUACGUCCCCAAGGUGUUCGACUAUUUCGAGACGGAACUCGACGUGACGCUGUACUUGAUUAAGGAGAGCUGCCGGCUAUCGUACGGUAUCAUUGUUAUGGAGUACGUCACUGGGACAGCCAUCAGCCAGAUUCUGCAAGAUCUGGAAUUUGAAUACGCGGAGCCAAAUGGCCAAACAAAUGGCGGGCAAACGCAGUCAGAGGACGCAGAUCCCACAGACACUCUUGAGUCAAUGCCUACACCAGCUCAGAAGUCUCUUCAAGACAACAUCACGGUCUUCAAAGAUUUAGUCGCAGACUCGAUUUCCUUUUUUCUUUCUUUUCCCCCUCCGGCCGACGUAACACCUGGACCGGUCGGCGGCGGCCUGAUCAUGCACUGGGCAUUCGGGAAAGACGACUCGUACGCGCCAAGGGAGUUCGCCAACUUGAAGGACCUCGAAGAUUUCAUCAAUGAGAAGAUCACAAAGAAGUGGCCAGACAUCGCGCCAGCCAAACUCACACAGGAAGGUCUCAAACUCUGCUAUUGCGACCUCAACCUCGACAACUUCCUCUUGGAGAAUCCGGAUGAUCCGUCCAGCCGGGUCAUCAUCAUCGAUUUCGAGCACGCCGGGUUUCUGCCUCACAGCUUCCUGACUUGGGAGAUUUGGGAUAAGAGGGAGUUUGACAUUGAAGAACGGGUCAGGACUCAGAGUAAUCUGGAGCUCAGCAGGGAUAAUGUCUAUGCCAUCCACGCGCUUCUUCGGAAGCUGACUUGGGAGUCGCAGAUCUGA